GAAGUGGAUUUUUUCAUGGAGACGGUACGGUGACUCCCUCAAAAUUGUAUCAAUACCAAAGGUUACCGCGAAUAGGUGUGAGCAAAAGAAAAAUGGUCCGCGAUGUUGUGGCCCUGUAUCCAGGCAAUCACGCUUGCAGCACAGGCACAUCUGUAAUUGAGGACGGCGAGAAAAUCAAACAUUUCGCGAUGUGGCGUUCCUGUGAUGUACAGGAGGAGAGGGUAUUUGUUUGGCUCGUCCCUGGGCCAAGGAUUUAAUAGUUGCGCUGCAUCAGGGGCCCACACGCCAAAUGCAGUUCGUCGUCACGACCCGGUGCCGCAUGUCAUUAUAUCACUGCGAGAACACCACACUUUGUUUCAUUCGUUCCUUUCUGCUCUACCUUUGCCGGUUGCUCGUUUGGCAUAGCAAAAGACGUUUCGACCGUUAGGGGACACCAAGCACACUAUCGUGAACGCUUGGACGAGUUGGACAGUUAGAGCCGAAGGGCUGAGAGUCGAAAAGUGUUGAUGAAUGAGCUGGAGUCCUGACGCCGUAAGAGCUAUACAAUUGCAGUGACACUGAGUACAUGAACAUGAUACAGACCACUCAACGCUUCUCACCUCCGUAAAUAUGGCCUUGGGUUAUAUGUCACGAAAACAGACUGGUCAUUCAAGACAUAAUCGAUCCAACUCAAGAGGGGGUAAGCCAAGAGAGCCUUGCGUGGCCUAGCUGAUAUCGCCACGAGAGCAAAUACUGCCAGCCGCUACGUAGCUGUGAAAAAGCCUGCAUCGAAUGCAUAUGACUGACUGGCGGUGUCUUUGAGAACUUCCGACACCGCAUCAAUAAUCCCCUUGGUUACGGGUGAAAGAAUCGUCCGUGUUCUAGCUUCCUGCUGCAUGCUAACACCUCCACCUGAAUCGGGACAGCGUACGUGCAGAAAGCUGGGGUUUGUCUUUAAGAUAAACUCGUGCGGAAUUUGAACAACCUGAAUGCCGGAGCAAGUUGCAUUGCGACGAUACCAAAACUGAUACAAGCCAUGGCUACUUGCAAUUCGGCGCAGUGGCCCUACACAGAAAGCAGAUGAUUAAACAAGACGAAACGAUCGGCAGAUGUGCCACUUUGAACGACUCUUCUCGUGGGUUCAACUUUGAUAACAGAUCAAGUGCCGAAACUGAAGAGAACUUGAAAAUUGCAGUAACUAAAAAAUUCAAUUUGUACCUGUAAACAACGUCGUCAGACUUUCAGCUUCUCCGAGUCGCAAGUAAAGAGACUUAAAUGCGGUUUGCCAAAAAGAGUUCCAUUUCUUGAAUCAUCGCGAGAGUGGAAUUUGUGACCAAGCCAGGAGUAGAUUUUUCAUCGAAGGUCCUUGAGUACCUGUGCCAAGACUUUGUCUUCGCGAUUUUUAUUCCUAAGACGCUAGGGGCUCCGUGUGGGACGUGUCCCUGUUUCCGGAAACGGCUGCCGUAGAGAAUUGCCACGGGAUAAUACCAAAGUUUCUGUGUGUAAGAGCUUUCAUUCUCACAACAAUCCACUAUCAUCCCUUACUGCGGACUGAUAUCUAAUGACACGCACUCUUGGAUUUAUGCAUUGAGAACACUCAAUUCCAUCAUAAACGAUGCGUUUCGCUCAUUUCGAUUUAGGAUUUUUGUCAUACGGAAUGCCCAGAGGACGGGCUUGAGUCAGAAAAACCACCCAGCCGAAAAAAUACGCUUUGGCAUGACCGCGCGUUUCCAAUGUCGACGAGAGAAAUUGAUCUUCCCGGGUUUUUUUCCCAAGAGUGUUCCGAGUGAUGUUGAGGAAGUGCACAGUUGCAGUACUCCGGCAUCUCAUCAUUUCGGCUUAGCAGAGAGCGAAUUACCCGAGAGUAGAAUUGACCAACUUCUAAGGUUCAGUUUGUUUUUGAUGGAGUGACUGGACUCACAAGUAUGUCCGAAGAGGUGAUUUAUUUGCGGGUGAUCCAGUCCCUGGUCGGACUUAUCGGCAUUCUGGGCAACUGUUUGGUGUGUGUGGUCAUUUGGCGCGUGCCUGUCAUGCACACGCUGACUAACGCGUUCAUCUUCAACCAGGCUGUCGUGGAUUUCGUGGCGUCUCUUCUUCUCUUACUGGUCAGUAACAUCGAUCUCCCGAAUCGGAUGCCGCCUGGGCUGGCUGGACUGCUCCUGUGCUACCUUUGGGUCACUCGCUUCUUCCUGUGGUCAUCUUUUGCUACGUCCACGACCAAUCUGAUGGCGUUGACUGUGGAACGCUACGUGGCUAUUGUGUUCCCGUUCAAGCACCAGGCGUACUUCGGACAGCGGCUGGCCGCGGUCUUGAUCGCGGCUUGCUGGGGGUAUGGCUUCGCGUCGUCUGGUUUCAACCUCGUCUGGGUCAACUACUCCGAGUCCAACGGGACCUGCCAGUCUUACACCCUUCCCGAGCCCCCCGUCAUAAGCGCCUUUAUGCUCCUCCAGAUGAACUUUCUGCUGCCGGUGACAGUGAUGUGCGUGGCGUACACUCACAUAGCCGUCACCCUCAAACGGAGCGCUCGGCGCGUUGCUGCGGUGGCGCCUUCGGCAUCCGCCUCAUCCCAACGCGGCUCCACAGUGGACGUCAACACCAUCGACGGUUCGCUCACCCGCGCCAGGCGCAACACGUUCAAGACCCUCGUCGUCGUCUUCGUGGUGUACGUGAUCUGCUGGGCGCCCAACACCGCCAUCUUCAGCCUGUUUUUGCUCGGGGUUCCGAUCGACCUCAACGGGGCGUUGUACAUCGUCUCCUUGGCCCUGGUCGUGUGCAACUCGUGCGCCAACCCGAUCGUGUACGGCUUGAAGUACAGGCAAUUUCGAAAGGGCUUGAAGAAACUGUUUGGCAGGUCUGACGGAAGACCGGACGAGGCGGAUAUCUCUACGAUAUCAGCGCGUGUAUCACAAAGAUAAUGCACCAAAAGCGUUUCACUUUAUAAAUCUGGCAAGUGAUAGUAAAAAAACAUUUCUUUUGACGUUACAAACUUUUGGCUAAAACAGCUUUGCCGAUUUAUGGAAUGUCACAUAUUAAUCAUAUCUUUAGGUUUCAUACAAAAAUUCUAAUGUUGCACGUUAUCCCAAAGAUCAUUCUUUUGCUCGAAAUUGUAGGGUUCUUCGCCGACAAUAAUAUUAGAAGGUGAGUUAUAUGGUUGUACCUCGUGUUUCAUCUAUCCUUGUCAUUUUCAUCGGCUUUUCAUAUUGUCAAAUAACAAAAAUUGUGCUCGUGAUAAAAGGGAUAAGGCGAUUAGGAAGAACGGUAUAAGAUUUAUAUCUUUGUGUCAUUCAGUAAUUGUAAAAUCAACACGUGCAUAGUAUGUAUAGUAAUAAUUAACAAUGUAUUUCUACAUUUCCCGAGCAGGUAUUACUUUGAAUACAGGCGAUUCGCAAUAGUGCGUCAUGAAGAGUUUGC